AUGGUAGAGGUCGACGGUCCUCUGCACUUUGCCUUCAAGACGCGCAAGGCCCUGGGAAGCACCAAGAUGAAGCGAAGACAUCUGCAAGAGUCUCGGUCACAAGGAUACAGGCUGCUCGUGAUUCCUUACUGGGAAUGGAACAGUCAGAAGAUGGUUGAUGACGUCGAUGGUGGUGGGGUCAAGAAGGUCCAAUACCUCAAGACCAAGCUGGAAUCUAUCGGGGAGACUCGAAGGUGA